GCCCCUUGUUGUUCCUAAGAGGUAUUGAUUUUCACACAUGAUGGAGCUCGCGGGAGAUACUUAUUGAUUCACCUUUGUACACCUUGUUCGUUUUAACCUGUCUUUGGAUUUUUUGAAAGCACGUUUUUAAAGGCAUGUUUGUUUGUUGUUUUUUUUUUAGACCGAUUCCAUCAUUUCAAAUAUAACAAGACUGUGCGCAUUUGGGUUGGAAAUAGUGAUAUGGGAAGUGUUAACAAUAGUGUCUGAUGUGAUGUGCACUUUCUAAAAAGGCACAUUGUAGCGAUUAGUUUGUGUAGCGGUGCUUUACUUUGAUACGUGUGUAAAGGUGGUUAUUGUAUGUAGCAAUUGCACGUUUUAGGAUUAAACAAACAAUCGGUAACAUUACAGGGGUCGUUGUAACUGGACGGCAAUGAUGCGAAAUGAUGCGUCUUUAAUAUUAUGAACUUGAAUUGGUACAAUAACUGCUCUCCGUGAAAAGCGGGUAUUUUAAAGGUUUGCUGUAUACAAUGCGAGCAUCUCCGUGAAGGACGAAGCUAACACAGCCGAGCCGAGAGCCCCAGCCUCUUUCACCUUUGUGUUGUGAUUUCUUCUCAGUCUUGUUUCCCCCCUUAGCAUCUGAAAAGGCAGCCCUGAAUCGAUGGCGCAGAUGCUUCUUUGACAAGACAGUAACGCACAUUACCGGUCACCCAUUAUAAUCGUGCCUCGGCAGAAGCUUCUUUACCUACACAGCUGAAGGGCUGAAGAUCGUCCACCCGGACAAAGAGACAGAGACAUCUUGAAAAGCUCCGAUCGCUCGUGUGGGUGAACUGGGAUUGGCGCCUAAACAAGAAGCCGAAACCACAUCUGGCCGGACCUUCGUGACUUUGUGCAUACUGCAGAGCUGCAGUGGAAAUGCAGAGGGGACCAGUGCUACUGAACUCAGCCCGUUGGGCACCGCGCCAAACCCCAGCCUUGCCUUAAGGGCCCCAACCAGAGUUCCAUGCAGCUCCUGGACCCCCUCAACAAGUGUGCACUCGAUGGAGCCUGAGUCCUUGUGAAUUGACAUGGAUGAUGAAGAUGGCACCUGUUUGCUUGAUGUUUUGUGUGAUCCCCAAGCCCUGAAUGACUUCUUACAUGGGACCAGUGAGCUGGAGACUGAAGACCUGCUUAUUAACGCUGCUGGGACAGACAGCUCCCUGUUCACUGAUUCCACUAGCCCGGUCUCCCUGCUGGCUGAUGACCCCCCUGUGCAGGGCACCCCUCCCCCGGGCUGCGUGGACCUGUCCUUCCUGGAGGAGACUCUGCUGGGAUCUCCCCCCCGACCCUCGAGUGAGGGUCCGGGGAGCGAAGAGAGGGGCGAGGAGAGGGAGGAGGAGGAGGAGGUGGAGGUGGAGGAAGCCUGCGAUAUCCUGCGACAGAGCCUCCAGGAGGCGGAUAUCACUGAGCAGACCCUGGCAGAGGAGGCAGGCCUGGCUGCCGGAGCCCUGACCCAUCCUGGGGAUGUCCUGCCCCUGUACGAGGCGCCGGUCAGUACCCCCGGCCCUGCCGCCCCCUUCCUGCCCAAAGCACUGACUGUGCACCCACUACAUGGGCUGGUGGCAGGCCUCCAGAACAUACCCAAAGACACCCAAGGGGCGGUGGACCCCCCCCAGCCCUCCUUGAUGGCUGUUGGCCCUGGCUGCCCCUCACUCUUGGGAAAGCCAGCCCCUCCCCAGCUUAUGAGCCUCCUCCCAGGGACUGUUUUCCCCACUCCAACCAUGGAGCAGCCUCUCACCCUGAACCCGGCCCACAGCUCCAGUGUUCUGAUUCAGAAGGCCCUGCCGAACUUCAAUGGGAGCUCUCUGUUCACCAGCGCCUCCAUCGCUAAUGCACUCCGAACCAACCCCCAGCCAGGCCUCUUCUUUCCCAGAGGACCCUUGAUGCCCAUCCAGCCCAAACUCCCCAUCAGCAUCCAGCCCAGGCUGGUCCAGAUCAGCCCCAAACCCCCUGGCACUGCCAUCACGACCGCCCAGCAUCCCAACCCCCCAUCAGGGCUAACCUUUGUCUCUGGUAGCCCCUCACAGAACCUCCUUCUCUCUGGGCCGCCACACAACAGCAUCGUCAAGCAGCAGCAGCAGCAGCAGCAUCCUCCUCCCCAGGGCCUGGCCAAGCCCGUCAGCUUGCAGCUCCUGAACCAAGCCGGCAGCAUCGUCAUCCAACCCCAGGGCAUCUUCCCAGCUCCCAACCAGUUCAUCCUGCCGGGACAUCUGGCAGGCAACCCCCCAGUGACGAUCCCUCAGCCCACGGCUGGAUUGACCAACCAAAGCUCUGCUGGUCAGCCCACCCAAGGGGUCAGGCGGAACUCCUCUGGUCAGGUGAUGGACACACCCCAGAUCCUCCCUGGCCAGUUGAAUUUCGGACCGGUGUUCACGACGCCCAGUGGUCAGUUGGCAGUGAGGCAGGGCACCAUCCUCUCGGGCCCCCUCCAGUUCCAGCCUGGUAUCUUCCAGAUGCCAGCCCACCUGGCCGGAGCAUUCACCCCCCAGCCGCCCGGCCCUCGAGGGGGAGCAACAACUGUGCAGCCGCCCCAAACCUUGCUCCACAGCGCCCCCUUGGCGAACCAUAUCACAGUGCUCAACAGCUCUGGAGUGCUGGGUCGAGCAGUGAGUGUCCAGCACAGCGCAGACCUGGCCUCGCUGUCCAUUGUGAAUGGACAGCCCGUGGUCCCGGGACAGCGGCCCACACUGACUCCUCUGGUAGGAGCAGAGGGAGCCCCCAGAGCUCAACCGUCAACAGCACACAGAGAGGAGAGUGUGCUUGGAUUGCAGGGACCCCUCAGUAAUGGGCAGCUCCUACACCUGCAACAGCCUCAAGUUCAGAACCAAAUCCACCUCCAAACUGCAAACCAAAUCCAGCCCCAGUCCCAAACUCAGCUACAGAUCCUGCCUGCCGCCGUGCUCCAGUCGCAGGCUGUGUCCUCACUCCAGGCCCAGGCUUCAGCUCAGCUGCUGGACCCGGCUGCUCUUGUGAAGGACAGCCUGCCGUCAGAGCCAGCAGGCCCUGGCCCCCGAGCUGUUACUGGGAACAGCGCUGACCCCAAGCAGCUCGCAGUACAGCAUCUGCAGCAGCAGGUCCUGCAGUUGCCAGACCCACCUACCAGUAACACUGUAACCACUCCCUCUUUGCUUACUGGCCAAACAGUGGGCCUGCCAUCCACACAAACCAAUCACAGAGAGACAUCAGCCCCCACUAAUCCUGUGAUUGGACAAGCAGUGACCCUCUCCUCUCCGCUGGCCAAUCAGAGGCAGGCAGUGACACCCACUCCCCCAGUGAAUGGACAGGCAGGGGCCCUGUCCUCCCCUCUCCUCGGACAGACAGUGACCCUCACAAGCUCACAGAGUGGGGCGACUGUGACCCUGCUGACCCCAGUGAGCCCCCCACAAACUCACCUGCCCCCCUCUGUGCAGCAGUCCGGUCUCUCCGUGCAGCCUCAGCCACCUCUCCAGAUGCUCUGUCGGAGCAAGCCCUCUGCUGUCAUUGCUGUGGACGGGAAGCUGAGCCUCGGGGUUGAACCCGAAUCCCGGCAAAUUCAGGGGCAGGUCCAGGGCCUACACAUCAAGCCACUGGGGCAGCCAGGACCACAGCGUCCAGCCCUGACGGUGAGUGUGGAGAGGUGUGUCGUCACUCAGCUCACAAGACAAAGGUUUCAGGAGCAGUUGCGCUGUCAUCAGAGCUCCGUGAUGGAUCCCGAUUGCACGUCUGCAUUCGUCUCGCUUCAGGACACACUCUGCCGGCUCCUCCCCUACCACACCUGCGUGGGGACACUGCCCUCGACGGGGGAAUUCCACAUAGUGGAUGAGCAGUUUGGAGUGGUGUCCAGCCUGCUGCUGAAACGCACCCAGGAGAUGCUGAGCAAGUACCGGCUGCUGCUGCUCCAGGAGGCCAGGCAGGUGAGUCCGUCAGCAGAGAUGGUCAUGCUGGAGCGCUUGUUCCUACAGGAUGAGAGGAGCGGGCUGGGAGAGGAGCGGAGGAGAGCCAGGCUGGACCCGGACGGCUACAUCGCCUCAAUGUACAAACCUGCUUCCAGCCUCUCUCCAGCCGCUCUGUCUGUCACGGCCCCCGGCUCGUCUGCGAUCUCUCCCCUGCGCAGGGCCUCCAGACUGGGCGGGGGCAGACCGCCCUGCUCCCCUCCCCGAGGGCUGAGGACAUACCCUUCCAGCAGCCGGGGGGGGCUGAAACUCACCAUCAAGCAGGAGGCCGGCUCCAGGAAAGUGGUGCGCAAUUCGGCCUGCGAGCCCCAGGGAGAGGCCACUACAGCUGGGCACAGCCGGGAGCGCUUGGGGGGGCUGAUGAACGGGAACUCCACUCGGGGACAGCGAUGGGAUGGUUUGGAUUUCAGGGAAGCUGACCCUCCUCCUGUCUCCCCCCCUCUGGUUCCCAAAGCUAUGGAUCGCCAGGACUUGUUUGACGCCUGCCGGAAUGGGCUGCUGGCGGAGCGGAUAUCGGUGGCACAGGCUGGGCCCCCAGUGAAGCAGCAGGGGGCGGCAGGGCCUGUCUUUUCUGGCCGAAGGACAGUAGAAGACUCUCCGGAGGCCUCCUGGGGCCAGCCCCCUCCCCACGCCAAGCGCCCGCGAUCGGAGGCAGAGGACCCGGGCUGCAGGAGCCCCCCAGACGACAGCGCCCUCACCGAGGACCUCCAGAGCGCCAUCGACAGCAUCCUUCUGCUGCAGAGACUGCAGGGCCAGGCAGCCCUGUCCGAGCCCCCUCUGCAGGACUUCCAGGGCCGCGGGACCUCGGCACUGGAGGAGGCCGUCAACAGCAUCCUAGAGGAGCAGUUGUAGCUAGGGGUCGGGGGGUGGGGGGGCGGCAGGGUGUGCGACUCGGGCUGGGAGACAGGGUGUGCGACUCCUGCUGGGAGACAGUUUGAAUGAUGGUGCCACUUUACUAAUACAGUAAAACCUCUCAUAGCCAAACAAGAACCCUAAAAAGAUAUUCUUCCCCUUUGCAAGUAAAUAUAUAACAUCUAGUACUUGUUAGAUACUGAUCCCAGAGAUUGAGAGCUGAAAAGUGCAUUUUCUAUGACAAGGCAGGAGAGCAGAACACACAACAGGGCGGUUACCAGGGGCUGCUCGGAGGAUAACAGAGGUUUUACUGGAGUGGCUUUAAGAAGUAUGGAAUGACUAGUGAUGAGGACAAUUGCAAAUACGUUGAGCUAAAAAUGCCAAAUACGUCAGUUUUCUUCUAUCCCAUUUUUGUCCACGCAUAACUAAAAAACACUGGUAGGAUUUCAUUUUGCCAACCUUGCCAAACUAGAAAUCAGUCUCACGGUCUUCAAUUUGUUAUUUAGGACUUCUUUAAGCUGUCAUAAUUAAAUUCACAUGCGUCCCAGCCAAAACUGAACAAAACUGAGAACUAAAAGCUACAUUGUUAAUUUAUUAAAUCUUAUCCUGAAUGCGGAAUUCUCUGGGCUCUUGUAUCAAAUGAUUAGUUCAUUUGAAGAAACCGUACUUCAUAAAACUAAAAUAUCUAGUGUCGGCGCUAAGACAUCUAUUAGUGUUUUAGUCUGUCAGACUGUUACAGAGUGUCUUUCUCAAGACAUCUGUCUCAAUUGUCAAGUGGACUGAAGUUCCAUUGGUUUUAUUAAUACGUUAUCAUUUUGUUAAUAUUAUAUUGAAAGACGAGGGCAAUUUGAUAAUAUGAUUCUCCAAUGAUGUCAGCAAUCAGGAAAUCCAAAGGCAGCACGGGGUGAGAACAAACAGUUCCUCUAAUAGAGCCGUUGUUUUGAAACUGUUACAAUAAUAUAUUGAGGACCAGCACUGCCAAUAUUAGUGCAACAUUGACUACUUUCAUUUAUUAAUUAAAAAGGAUUUAACAAGGAAAAUCAACGGAAACA